AUGGGGGAACGUGCGGCGAGCGUUCCCGUCUUCUUGUGCCCUGCCGUUGUUUGUUUGCGCGGCCGGCCUGGUCCCGGUGCGUUGGGGGGUCUGGAUAGAUGGAGCGGCCGAUUCUACAGUCCUGGGUCGUCUGCGACGGCGGUUGACGAUGGGCCGGCGAGGCAGCUCCCGGUUACGUGUAGCGGGUGCGGAGCGUUUGCGCAGACCGGCGAAGCGCAACACCUUGGAUUCUUUGAUUUGCGGAGCAAGAGAGUGCGCAGCUGGCUGCAUCCGCAGAAGAGCGAGGGACGCGGCGGUUCGGCGGCCGAGGACAGGAUUGUGGACGAUGCCUUGAAGGCCUUGGACAAGCGACAGCUGGAGGCUUUGGGGUUGAGCACGGAGAGCAUGAUCGGGGACGGGAGCGUCAAGGAGCUGGAGAGACUUGUCACGGAGAGGCCGCCUGUUUGCGACAGAUGCCACGACUUGAUGCACCACAGCACCGCGACCGGCACGGCCAAGCUCACGAUGCACCACCCUACGGUGGAAUCGCUCCGGGAGACGAUUGAGGAGUCGCCGUACAAGUACAACCACAUCUACCACGUCAUCGACGCCGCCGACUUCCCCAUGUCGCUCGUCCCGCGGCUCAAUGUCCUGCUGGGCGAUGUUCCGCUGCGGUCGAGGAACCGGCGCUCGCGGUCGAGCAAGUUCCACGGCGACCGCAAGACGGACAUGAGCUUCAUCAUCACGAGGGGCGAUUUACUUGGCCCGACCAAGGAGAUUGUCGACUCCAUGAUGCCCUACCUUCGGGACGUUCUGAGGGACGCCCUCGGCAGGGUGGGCGGCCGGGUGCGCCUGGGCAACCUGAAGUGCGUCAGCGCCAGGAGGGGCUGGUGGACCAAGGAUUUAAAGGAGGACAUCUGGAACAGGGGAGGCGCCGGCUGGAUGGUGGGCAAGGUCAACGUCGGGAAGAGCCAGUUGUUUGAGGCCGUGUAUCCCAAAGGCAGGAUGGACGCAAGCAAAAAGAGGGACGAGGGCCAGCCGGCGCCUACGCGAACCGGCCACGACCACGCUCAUGACCAGCAGAGCACCCCGGGCAUGGAUUUCGGGGAGCUGCUGCCCCCGCCGCAACCGAACCGGAACUAUCCGUCAAUGCCCGUCGUCUCCUCGCUCCCAGGCACCACGGCCUCGCCCAUCCGCGUGCCGUUUGGGAACGGCAGGGGCGAACUCGUUGACCUCCCGGGCCUGGCGCGAAGCGACCUCGAGCUGUUCGUCAAGGAGCCUCAUCGCCAGUCCCUCGUCAUGAAGAAACGCGUCGUCCCCGAACAGGUCGUCGUCAAAUACGGCAAGUCGCUCAUCCUGGGCGGCGGCCUCAUCCGCAUCACGCCCCGCACGCCGGGCCUGGUCUUCCUCAUGUACAACUUCACCCCCAUCAACGAGCAUCUCACCAUUACGGAAAAGGCGAUUGGGUUUCAGGAGCAGACACGCGAGUCCCCCGGCGUCGAGAACAUCAGUCUUGCUGGUGUCGGGGGGGAGAUGAAGCACGCGGGGACCUUUAAGCUGUGCCACGACGUGACCAAGAAGCGCGCCGGACCGCUGACGCGCAAGAACGCCGUCGGACUCCAGGUUGACCGGUUGCCGUUCAGGGUUGUGUCGGUGGACAUCCUGAUCGAGGGCGUCGGGUACGUCGAGGUGGUAGCGCAGGUGAGAGCCAAGGAGUUUGAGCGGUGGGAGCGCAUGCAAGGGGACAUGGAUCGGGCUGCGGCCUUGGAGGGCGAGGACGCCGGGUCUGUCGCCGCGGCCGGGGGAAACGAGCCGUCGUCGCAGGAUCCGUUUGAGCAGAUGACGAGGAACAGGAGGGACGUGAUUCGCGGCGACGGGCAUGCGGUCCGGGCACGGGAGAAAAUGGCCGAGCCAGACUGGCCGGCGGUGGAUGUGUUUUCUCCCGAGGGCAGGUUUGUGGGCUGGAGAAGGCCGAUCAACGGGUGGUCGAACAACAAGCCGAGGGUCCUGGCGGAGCACAAGAAGACGCGGCCGAGGAAGAGCAUGAGGGGGGCCAAGAAGAGGGCCAAGCUGGAGAGGCGCAGGGGCAGGCGGCGAGGCGAGGCUGUAUAG